AUUAAAGACACUACCAAGUUCUCAAGAGGCAGAGGGGAAGAAGAAGAAAAAAGGGAAGAAAAAAGCUAAAGAAGAAGAAGAGUCAGUGAGUGAGACAGUGAAGGAGAAAAGGAAGAGGAAUGCAAGUCCUGAUGUUCUGCCCCCACAGAGGAGAGAGGAAAGGAGGGAAAGAAGAAUAAAGCUAGAGGAUGUAAUAAGCACAUCUGAAGGUGAUUCCAAUGAUAGAGAAGGAACCCUGAGGAAGCGGAAAAGAGCAUCAACUGCAGAAGAGGAGAGUUCCAUUGAAGAAAGUAGAGGGAGAAGAAAAAGUAAAAGAAGUAAAUUCUCAAAACUUGAAACAAAUUUCUGUGAUGUAAAUGAAAGUAAAAAACAUGGCAUUAGUAAUAGAGACUUGUUAACUGAAUCAGAGAGUGAAAGUGAACAGCUAAUGAUUCUUGGAAGAACAAGAAAUGAUCCAUAUUUGGUAGGUGGAAGCUUUCGAGGGAAAAGCAGAAAGGAUACAUCCAGUUUGCAGUCAAGUGGAAGGAGCAAUGACUUUGAAAAAGGAACAGACAUAAAGUGGAAAAAGAAAACAAAAGUAAUUGAAGAGUUUGAGAUAGACGGAGAUGAGUUACAAGAGUUAUACAGUAAAAAAGGAACAAAAGGUCAGCAAAUUGAAUUUGGGUUUGAAGAGAGUAGGGGUAGUAAGAGAAAUAGAUUUCAAAACUUGGCUGUAGAUUAUGAGUUAGGGAAAUCAAGAUCCAAGAAGAAAUCAGGUGAAAGAGAUAAUAUCAUUGAAAAACAGAAGGAACUUGAACGUAGAUAUUUGGAAGACAAAAAGUCUCAGGUAAAAGUUGUAUCCACAAGUACUGUUAUUAACUUGCUAAGUGAUGAUUCUUUGGAUGAUGCAUCCACUGAUAAAAGUGAAAAAACUCUUGGUGAAAGAUUAUCAAAUAUCAGAUCAUAUGAACAAGAUGAUGGGCCUCAUGCAGCUGAUUCAGUGACUGAUCCUUCUGCAUGCUUUGAGCCAUGUGGCCCACUUAAAACAGGAAAGAAAAAAAGAAUAAGAAAACACAAGAAAAAGAAACGUAAUGAACAGCAGAGUGUAGUAGAAAAUGAUACUCCAUAUGGGAAUAUAGCCGAGAAGUCAGUAUUUGAUAGAGACGUAGCAUACAAUUUUCCAUUUGAAAAACCCAGAAGUACAAAACAAGGAAUGCAACUUGUUGUAAAUCAGGGUAAACAUGUGUUUUUUGAAAGUGAAGAUGAAAUAGUUUCCAGUAAUGAAAGGGGAAGGAGCAGUUCUGCUCAUGAUGUUGAGGUUGUUGCAACUGCUUCCAAUAUAUUUAGAAAAGAGUCUCAGCAUUCAGAGCAAAGCAGUAGGAAGGAAAGCUUUAGACAGACUCGUCAAAGAUUGACAGAACCAGUUGUUGUUGAAAUUGAAGGAGAAUCUACACUACCUAGCAGUUCAUCAGUUUUUGCACCAAGUAGAUAUCAAACACAAAGGAGACAAAUUCCUAGCUUUAGUGACAGGCAGGUUAAGAAACACAAAAACAAUGAUUCAGAUACAUUGUACCCAGGGCAGAAUAUUGGAGAAGUACACCUAGGAGAAAAAUUUAAAUAUUCUACACCAGUCAUGAAGAAAAAACCACCAGUACAAGUCCAAGAUGAUGAAUGUGUACAGAUGCUACACUCAGAAGAUUAUCCAUCAGUUGAUAACAAGGCCAUUUCCCAUCCAUCUCAGCCAAGCGAUGACACUGAUGAUUUAGCCACCUUCAAAAGAAUGUGUGAAAAUACUAAUCUCAUGGUUGUAAAGGUUGAUCCAAGAAGGAGACUUAAAGCUAAGCCUCAAGAAAGAGAAACAAACAAGACAGGUAACACACUAAACCUUGGUCCACCAAGUCCUUCAGACCAUUCUACAGUAGAUGUAACUGAAGAAAGUAGACAGACCUUCCAUAAUCUGACAGUGAUUGAAAACAGGGAUAUGCCUUUAAUCAUUCCAAGAUCUCGAAGGUCACUGCGAGGUUCUGAAGAAAAGAGUCUAGGUGAGAGAAAAACAGAAUAUGCCAAUGCAGGAAAUAAUGUGGACCGAGAAGACUGCUCCCAGUCUGGGAAUGGCACAUGUACAGAGGUUCCUCAAUCUCUUGAUUCUAUCAAUUCAUUGCAAGACAGAAGAGACAGAAGUAAAAGUUGUGAUAUUAUUGAGAAUAAUAUGGAAAGAACACAACCGAACAAUCCCAGUAAUUCUAAUUCAAGCUCUAUGGAUACAAACAGUAAGUUAUCUCCAAAGAAGCCUGAAUUUGGAAUGCAUUCACAUUACAGAAAAAAGAAUAGGCCAAGGGUUUUUCAGUCUGUUGGUGCAGUUCUUGCCAAUCUUAAGUACUCAAGUGAGGAAGGCAGAGAACCAAUUGCUGAACCCACUACAGGUAGAGGAAAGGUUCAUGAGGCAGCUCUUGAGCAAAAUCUGUCACAGGCAGAAGUGCAUGCAUCAUAUCAGUCAUCUAAUCCACAUAAAGAUUUCAGUACAGAAAGCAAUGAUGUACUCAAGGAAAAUGUGAAGCAAACUGAUGGUUCUGGAGCUGUUGAUGAUGAUGAUGACAUUGUUCACUUGGAAAGUGAUGAAGAAGAGCAUGCUGUCCAAACUAGAGAUGUAGUACCUGAAACUUUAGAUGUUUAUGACAUCAUUGAGGAGAGAAGAGAGAGGAUGCAGGGAAUUGCAGAACUAGGAAAGUUAGGUGAUGUGCAAAAACAUCAAGAAAUGAUGUUCUCUGAACAGUUUAAGAAUAUUCCAGGUGGUGUCAUGGAAGGUAUUCCAGAAGGAUACAGAGGUUUUCCAGAAAUCUUAGCAAAGGUGCUAGGAGGAGGCAUUUCAGUGAAGCAGCUUGUUUCAGAGCAAGAGACCGUGUCACAUAGAGAGAAUGAGUGCAUUUCUAAAGAUAGUGUGAAAGAAAGGCUGGAGGUUACUCUUGAUGAUGAACAGAGUAAUCAGCAUGUUUUACAAAGUAGAGAAGAUACUUCAAAAAACAGAGUGCAUAAUGUGCCUGAGGAAGCCAAUGAUGUAGUGCCAGAGAACAGAGAAAAUUUGAUACUUGAAAGGAGAAAGAAUGAAGACUUGGGAGAAAUAUCUGAAGUUGUAUCAGGAGAGAUUAAGGAAAAAGGAGAGGAGGUUGUGUUAGAUGAGGUUCAUGAAGAAAAAAAGAGGUCCCCAUUAAAAGAUGAUUUGUGUAUUACAAAGGAAGUUCAAGAAAAAGUUGUGCAGAAAAUAGAGGAUGAAGAUAUCAAAGUGGUGGUUGAUGAUGAUACUAAUGUGCAAGGAGACCUGAAUAAUGACAGAGCUGUUGUGAAUGAAAAUGAUGACUGUAGAUCAGAGGUGAAGGUUUUACCAGAAACUGAAGAUUCUGCAAAGGGAAUGAAGGAUGAUAUGAAGAAGACUAAAAUGGAGAUGAUGUUGAGUCUGUGAAAAAGGGAGACAAAGACGAAGUGGCAGAUGUAGAAGAAGUUGACUUGACUUCCGAUGAUGAGGAGCAAGAUGACCUGAUCGAAGUGCUGGAUUGGCGUGACAUACAUGCUCCAAGGCUUCUGUAUCCUUAAAAGGGAUUACUGUCAUUAUUUUUAUUAUUUAUUUUAUUAUCAUAAUUGUUAUCUAUUAUCAUCAUGGGAAUGAUUAUACUUUUCAUUUAUAAUGUUUAUAUACAGAAUUUUUAUUUGGCUUGUUCCAAAAGUAAUGAUAGACAUUAGAUUGCUUAAUUUUGUAUGUAUUAUGAUUGCCCUCAUAUGGAGGGUUUAAAAGAACAUUAUGGUUCAUGUGAAUAGUUGAUAUUAAAUAAGUCAGCUUGUAUUUGUAGUGCAAAGUUAUAUUCCUUUUGCUUAAAACAACUGUAAUGUAAUUCAGUGCAAUUAUUUUUUAUUUUAUUCUAUUUCAUUUUUACAAAGAUGAUGGAACUCAUCUGUGACUUUUUGUGAUUCAGGUGACUGAAGGUUAUUUUUAAAAACCUUUAUUUUUUAUCUUUAUAAAAGAUAGAUGCAUAUUUUGAGGGUGAUUGGUAUAUGAUAUUAUACAUGCAGUGUUUUUAGUUAUGAAUGAUAGCUGAUGUCUGCUACUUGAACUGUAUCAGUUGAAAGAAAUCUGAAUGUUUUUGUUUUAUUCUUCUAUAGGAUAUUGUGAAUGAAAGUUAUUUAGUAUCAUUAUCUUACUAGUUUAUAACAGUAAGUAGGAUGUGACUUAUUUUUGGUGAAAGUGAAGUAAAACAACUUACUGUCUAGGUGUCAGACUUAAGAAGCCAAAUUUAUGCCAACUGUUUUAGGACAUUGUAUAAUUGUUGCUUUUUCUCCUACCUAUGAAAUCUGAUGCAACAUCACCAAAGAAAUAAAAAUCUGCAACCUUCCAUUUAUGUUUAAUAAAACCUUAAAUAAAGUUGUCAUGGUAA